CCCGCAUCCCUGCACCCGCCCGAGGGCGCAGCCCGCCGCGCCGUGGGAGGUGGCGAGGCGGGGACCAGGCGGGGACCAGGCGGGGGCGGAGCGGAGCUUCCCGCCUCCUCGUCGCCUUCGUCCUCCCGGCUCUGAGCCGCCGCCUCAGCCCGGCUGAGCAGCGGCAGUCCGCGGCGCCCGCUCGCCGCCGCGGGAUGGGGAGCUAGCGCCACGGCGGCCGCGGUGGCCGCAGCACAGCCAGCCGCCGCCCCCGGGCCUGUCCCGCCGGGUGCUCCGGGAGCUCCCAGCCCGGCCCCGAGCCAGGCCCGCGGGCGGCGGCGGCGGCGGCGGAGCUGGGCAGGUGUAUGCGGCUGGAAGAUGGCGCCCUCGGGCCCGGGCGGCGUAAGGCGGCGGUGCCGGCGGGUGCUCUACUGGAUCCCGGUGGUGUUCAUCAGCUUGCUGCUGGGCUGGUCCUACUACGCCUACGCCAUCCAGCUGUGCAUAGUGUCCAUGGAAAACAUUGGUGAACAAGUUGUGUGCCUCAUGGCUUAUCAUCUACUUUUUGCAAUGUUUGUCUGGUCAUACUGGAAAACCAUCUUUACAUUGCCCAUGAAUCCUUCAAAAGAAUUCCAUCUCUCUUAUGCAGAGAAAGAAUUGCUGGAAAGAGAGCCAAGAGGAGAAGCCCAUCAGGAAGUUCUGAGGCGAGCAGCCAAAGAUCUUCCCAUCUACACCAGGACCAUGUCCGGCGCAAUCCGAUAUUGUGACAGAUGCCAACUUAUAAAACCAGACCGCUGCCAUCACUGUUCCGUCUGUGAUAAGUGUAUUUUGAAGAUGGAUCAUCAUUGCCCAUGGGUGAACAAUUGUGUUGGAUUUUCAAAUUAUAAGUUCUUCCUGCUUUUCUUGGCUUACUCUCUGCUCUACUGCCUUUUCAUUGCUGCUACAGAUCUGCAGUAUUUUAUCAGAUUUUGGACCAAUGGUCUGCCUGAUACUCAAGCCAAGUUCCAUAUUAUGUUUUUAUUCUUUGCUGCAGCUAUGUUUUCUGUCAGCUUGUCCUCUCUGUUUGGUUAUCAUUGUUGGCUAGUCAGCAAAAAUAAAUCUACUUUAGAGGCAUUCAGAAAUCCAGUAUUUAGACACGGAACAGAUAAGAAUGGAUUCAGCUUGGGUUUCAGUAAAAACAUGCGACAAGUUUUUGGUGAUGAGAAGAAGUAUUGGCUGUUACCAAUAUUUUCAAGUCAAGGGGAUGGCUGCUCCUUUCCAACUUGCCUUGUAAACCAGGAUCCUGAGCAACCUUCCACUCCUGCAGGACUAAAUUCAACAGCGAAAAAUCCUGAAAACCAUCAGUUUCCUGCAAAGCCGCUGAGAGAGUCCCAGAGCCAUCUCCUUACGGAUUCUCAGACCUGGACAGAGAGCAGCUCAAACCCCAGAGAAGGCAAAGGUGGUAUGAGCAACCCUGCGUUAACUAUGGAGAACGAGACUUAACUCUACAAUCAAAACAAAACCACUCUUGUAAAGUACCAGUGCUGUGGAGCAAUGAAACAAGCUUCCAAUUGGAAGGCACCAUUGGCCAAUUGUCCCUGUAUCCCUCUGGCUAAAUAUGCAAAUUUUGUCUUCAGUGGUGGGGAUCAAACACAGCAGUAUGAAGAAUUUCAAGUAAUCACCAAACUGAUGCUUAAACAGAACACUGUUUAUUCCAAUAUAUAAACUUCUGUACUAAUACAAAUUACUACUAACCUUUAAAAGUCAUUAAAAGGAAACUAUUUUCUGCCAAAAAUUGAGAAAAAGUUUACGGGCCAAUGUUCAUUCAGAUAUUUGGGUUGUACAACUUAUCACAUAAUCCCAUUAUUCAUCUGAUAUUGCUUUAGAAGAUUUAGGUUAAUUUUAAGAUUUAAAUAAUUUCAAGUCAUGUUAUCAUGCUAAGCUGUACUCGGGAGCAGGUAAGAAAUCAUCCUUUAUUAAUUUUUUUCUGAUCUGAAACUAGCUUCAGAUAAGAGAGCUGCAUUAACUAUGAAUUCAUUAUGGAGGCCACCUAGCCUACACCUGAAGGUCAUUUAUCUGUUUGUGCCAGGGUUUAAUUCCAGUUCUAGACUUUGUCUCCCACUGGAAAAUUCAAGUAUGAACUCUGAAGCUCAAGUUCACUGUUCAAAACAAUUGGAUAAAAACUUUUGUCAGAAUUAAUAUAAUGUUUGGACAAAGAACUUAUAUCAGAAAUUUAUUUUCAUGUCUUCUCAUUUGAAAUCAGAGGGAAUAUAUGCUGAUUCUUAAGAAGAUUGCCUGGCAACACUCUUUUGUUGGUUUGGAUGUUAUCAAAUCUGUUUUUUUUAACUACUUGCUCGAUGUUAUCGUGAAAAGACUGAGUUUCUAAGCAUUUCUGAUAGAUCAAUGGAUUUUUCCUCUACAUACACCUGUAUCAUCUCUGUGUCUUUUUAUCAAAACUAUAAUUGUCAAUAUAUAUUUUUCCUCAAAUGCCUAUCAAGAUUUAAUUAUGCAAAUCAUUUUAAAAUGAGGAAGUCUAGUUUACCAUGAACUCAACAGUGUGCUGCUUAGAAAUGCAGUUUAGGGGAAACUAAAAUAAUGUGUUUGUUGAUGCCAAAACAUUUGGCCUCAGUAAGUACACUCAGAGAAGCUCUUGUGCCUUGUAUGCACUAUUUACAAAAAGGAAAACAUCUCAUUUAAAAAAAAAAUCUGAGAAGUAAGGUUUUUUUUAAAUUAACCAUUAGAAUAGUAAGUUGUGUGGUUCCUUUGGUACUAAUUUUGAGAAUUUCAAGUAGAUUAGCUUUUUAAAACAAACAGCUAAAUAAUUGAUGUAAGCAAGAAUUCACUACACACCGAAAGACCUGGAGAGAAUAGAAUAGUGAAAGAUCCUUGCCAUUACUCAUCCUUGCCAGAGUGUGUUUGCGUUUUCAGAGUGUUUUAGGAGAACUGAUGCCGGCACAGUUCGUUGUGGGAUCCAGUGGGUGCAGUUCUGUGCAUGAGGGCGGUGGUAGCUUUCACGGAUCUCAAGCUCGAGCGUUUGAGUUGACAAUCUACUUCAAAAGACUCAGAGGAUGACGUAUGCUUCCCCCUUUGUCUUUAAGCAUGUUUUGGUCAUGUGUCAUUACCGGAAGUGCCAGACUGGAGCUCAUAGCUCCUGCUAGAAGUCUUUUGGGAAGCAGCAUGUGGUGUAUUUGAAGAUCUAUGCAGCAGAUUUUCUGAUAGCACAGCGCUCCCUUAUCCAUUUUCCAGGGCAGGAGUCUAUUAGGCAUGUCCUUUUAUCAAAGUGGUAGCUGGUGGGGAUGGGGGUGGGUUACUGAAUACUGUUAUUUCUGCUCUCUUUAGGUCAUUUAUGUACUUACUUUAAAUACCUAAGUCCAUACACCUUAGAGUCAAAAUGGAAAAAAUAAAUUAAGAAAUAAAUUUUUUUCAGUAUGUUGUAA